UCGAAGUCAAAAUGUCGACAGGAUCAGAUGUGACGCUCGUCAGUGCAGCCUAUAUUGUUAUGAAUACAAUAAUUAAAAGAAAAAGAGGAAGAAAAAAGCAAGAUAAACGAUGUUGGAUUAGUGAAAUGUAUAAAAAUAGAGCAACCUCUAGCGGCGAAAAUCUAAUUAGAGAUUUACAGCUGGAACCUAGUGGACAUUUUAAAAACUUUGUGAGAAUGUUGUCGGAAUAUUUUGAAUUUUUAAUAAAUGGUAUCGGCCCCAAAAUUCAAAAAAAAGACACCAGAUUUCGAAAAGCUGUGACGGUGAAAGAACGUUUAGCGAUAACGCUACGUUUUUUAGCAACGGGAGAUUCUUAUACAAGUCUUCAGUAUUUGUUUAAAGUGUCCAAGCAAUUAAUUUCAACAAUUGUUCCAGAAGUAUGCCAAGCGCUUGUUGAAAUUUUAAAAGAACAUAUAAAGAUGCCAUCAACGCCAAAUGAUUGGCUGGCAAUUUCACAAAAAUUUGAGGAGUUAUGGAAUUUCCCACAUUGGAUAGGAGCAAUGGAUGGAAAACAUGUGGUACUGCAAGCACCUGCCUACAGUGGGAGCGAUUUUUACAAUUAUAAAUCGCAGUUCAGCAUUGUUUUAUUUGCCUUAGUCGAUGCUGAUUAUAAUUUCCUAUAUGUCGAUGUAGGGUGUCAAGGUCGAAUUUCGGAUGGCGGAGUUUUUAAAACUUCCGAAUUAUCAAAAAAAAUUCGUAGAAACUCUUUGGGGUUGCCAGAAAAAUCGGUCUUGCCAAAUAGGACCAAAGAAAUACCCUACGUAUUUAUUGGCGAUGAGGCAUUUGCUUUAACUGAAAAUUUAAUAAAACCUUUCUCUGGCACUUAUAAUAAAAAAUCAGCCGAAAGGAUUUUUAACUAUCGACUCAGUAGAGCUCGACGAGUGGUAGAAAAUGUAUUUGGAAUUUCUUCGGCAGUAUUUCGAGUACUGAGAAAACCCAUGUUAUUGGGCGUUCGCGAACACAUAAAGCCUCGUACUGACCUAUGCAUUUGUGCGCCAAGAACGUUCUUUCGGGCAAAAAUGCUGAAGUGAGUACGGCCCGUUAAUGUGUUCGCGAAGGCACAGAGCACGAAGGAACAGUUUUUGACCGCUGUAGCCUCGUACUCACUAGAGCACUCGUGCGCCGAAAACGACCCGUUAUGAGUUCGCAAAGGCCCUGGGCACGAACGAACGCUUUCCGACGGCAGUCGGCCCAUCAAAGGAUAUUCGUGCGAACAAUUUUACUAUGCCGAUUACAAAUUUCCAAGUACCGUUAGUCGACCGCUGUCGAAUUUACCCUUCGGAAAAACUCAGUUUAUGAUAUGGCCUGAUGAACCGUCAUAAACUGAUUUUCGAAAUCCCGAACAAUUUUUGAUAUUAAUUGUUUGGAUACUUUAAACAGAUACUGAAGGCUCGUAUAUGAAUCUCCUGUUGCUAAGAAACGUAGCGUUAUAGCUAAGCGUUCUUUCACCGUCAUUUCAGCUUUUCUGAAUCUGGUGUCGUUUUCUUGAACUUUGGGACCGAUAGCGUUUAUUAAAAAUUCAAAAUCUUCCGAUGACUUCCGCACAAAAUUUUUAAAAUGUCCACUAGCUUCUAUCUGUAAAUCUCUAACUAGUUUUUCACUACUAGAGGUUGCUCUAUUUUUAUACAUCUGACUAAUCCACCAUCGUUUAUCUUGAUUUUUUCUUCUUCUUUUUCUUUUAAUUAUUGUGUUCAUAAUAAUAUACGCUGCACUGGCGAUCGUGAUAUCUGUUCCUGUCGACAUUCUGACUUCGACUGGUUUACGGUAGAAAGAACCUUCCUACAUAGAACCCAGAUACAAAGGUUUACGGUACCACAGGUAGAAAGAUUUGCGCGAACAGCCGGAGAAAUUUCACGUUCGUUCGCCGAGAGCAUUCGUUUGGGCAAAAUGCACAAGUCAGUACGAGGCUUUACGGUUGGGCUGUACCUUUGAGGUACUUAUGUGGUCAUAUGACCGGUGGGGCUGGGUAUGCAGCUUAGAUGGUUCGGGACCCCUGAUGGGGAUUUGUUCUGACUUCAUUGAUUCGUGCAUCACAGGGGGUCUUGUUUAUGACACGGAAUUGAAAGUCGUGAUAAGGCCAUGAUAAG